AUGGCUACAACAUCUCCCUGGCUGGCUCAAGGCGAAGCUAAACGCCAAUCCAUCCUCGACGCUAUCCCCGCGAAAUGGCGACUGACAGAUCCCGUUCCUCCCGCCACGGAGAUCCGCGAUGUGACUGCAAGUUAUAUCCAGCAGUAUCUGAGCGAGCGUGAGAUCGAAAUCACGGAGUCUGAUGCAGUUGACAUCGCUGCACAAACGACUACUGGUAGCUGGUCUGCCGUUGAAGUCGCAGAGGCCUUUUGUCAUCGUGCUGCGCUGGCACACCAACUAGUCAGUUGUUUGCACGAGAUAUUCUUCGACGCGGCCAUCGAAGAUGCAAAGAAGCUGGAUGCCUACUAUGCAGAGCACAAAGCUCCCAUUGGCCCGCUCCACGGUCUCCCCGUGAGUCUGAAGGAUCAAUUCCACGUCAAAGGCGUGGAGACCACCAUGGGCUAUGUCGGUUGGAUCGGUACCUUCCAAGGCAAAAAGGACGAUCCCCGUUUCCGCACAGAAGAGAGCGAGCUGGUAAGGGAGCUGCGCAAUCUCGGUGCCGUCCUUUACUGCAAGACAAGCGUGCCGGCUACGCUAAUGGCCGGUGAGACUAUCAACAACAUCAUCGGGUAUACAUGGAAUCCGAAGAAUCGCCUCCUAUCCUGCGGCGGCAGUUCAGGUGGUGAAGGAGCGUUGAUUGCUCUGCGUGGAUCGCCUGUUGGUUUUGGUACUGAUAUCGGUGGGAGUGUUCGCAUUCCUGCUGGAUUCAACUUUCUGUAUGGACUUCGUCCGUCAUCUGGACGAAUGCCGUACCAGGGCGCGGCCAACUCGAUGGAUGGACAAAGUACUGUAUUGUCUGUUAUCGGACCGCUUGCGCCUACAGCAAGGUCUUUGGCGUUGCUGUUUAAGACUGUGCUUAGCCAGCAGCCGUGGUAUCAUGAUCCACUCGUGCUCGAGCUACCCUGGCGAGAUGCCGUUGUGGAAGAAACCCGUUCCUGGAUCGAUCAGGCCAAGGCUGGAAAGUCAAGUUUGGCUUUCGGAAUCAUGCACUGGGAUGGUAUCACGCGCGUUCACCCGCCCAUUGCUCGUGGGUUGAGAAUUGUCGAACAAACCCUCAAGCGACUGGGCCAUAAAGUGAUUUCAUGGAAUCCACCAUCUCAUGCUACCGCCGGCACGUUGGGUUCUACGGCAUUCAACAUGGAUGGUGGCGCUGAUCUGAUCCAUCACUUCGGUCUAUCCGGUGAAACCAAAGCAUCCCAGGUCAUAAUCACCGACAAAGACCCACUAUCCAUGACCGAGCUCGCAGCGUUGAAUGUCGCGAAGCGCGAGUAUCAAAAGCAGUACAUGGACUACUGGAACAGCACCGCUGAACUGACAGGUACGGGCCGUCCCGUCGACGGAUUCUUCUGUCCACUUGCACCACACGCUGCGGUGAUUCCCAACGAGUACCAUUACGUGGGAUACACCUCCUUCGUCAACGUUCUGGAUUACACCAGCGUGGCCGUGCCGGUGACAUUUGCGGAUAAGAGUAUCGAUGUGGGUUCGGCAGAUGCAUCUACAGCUGAAUCGGCGGGGCAUAUUGAGUGGAAGUAUGACGCCGAUACGUACCAUGGCGCUCCGGUCGGAGUUCAAUUUGUUGGGCGGAGGCUGCAGGAGGAGAAGAUGCUGACUCUUGCUGAGUAUCUCGGUGAUGAGAUUUCUAAAGCCACGGAGACA